AUGGCUCCCGCAAAGAAGGGUGGCAAGAAGAAGGGCCAGUCCAGCAUCAACGAGGUGGUGACCAGAGACUACACUGUCAGCAUUCACAAGCACAUCCAUGGAGUGGGUUUCAAGAAGCGUGCGCCUCGGGCACUCAAAGAAAUCUGGAAAUUUGCCAUGAAGAAGAUGGGAGCUCCAGAUGUGCACAUUGACACAAGGCUCAACAAAGCUGUCUGGGCCAAUGGGAAAAGGAACGGUCCCAUACCCUAUCCAUGUGCGAUUGUCCAAAAACAUAAUGAAGAUGAAGAUUUGCCAAACAAGCGCCAUACAUUGAUUACCUAUGUACCCGUCACCACUUUCAAAAAUCUACAGACAGUUAAUAUGGAUGAGAACUAACUGCUGAUUGUCUAUAAAUAAAGUUGUAGA